UCGUCGUCUAUGGUCCAUCUAUAACUGGAGGGCAGAAUUCAGGACUUCCGAGAACAUGAUCAGGUCUACUUUGCAGGAACAUUUUGUUCUAAUUCAUGGACACUUAUGUUUCAAGCUAACUAGUUAGGUUUAUUAUAUGUAUAUCUUCUGUAUCUGUUGAGUGUUGUGUUCUAUUCAGACUAUUUGGAGAAUUCAUCAUAGUAGAUUAUUGCAAUAUGCUCCAUCAAUCUGCCACAACUCUCCUACUUUAUCUGGUUUAGACUUGGUUGCUUUUCAACGGACAUAUUUAUGUUACAUGGACUUGCAUUUUCCAGAACUUUGUACUUGGUGUGCAAUGCAAAGUAAAUGAAGAGUCCAAGUGAAAAAAAAAAAAAAAAAAAAAAAAAGAAGCAUAAUCUCAUCUACAAGCCUUCCUUUCUUUUCUAUAGAAUGUUUACUACUAUUAAAUGCCUUUUACAUCUGUGUGAAGCCAAAGUGAUUCCUUUCCUCUAUCAGGAUGCUACUGAAAAAUCAGUUAAAGAGAUUCUUUUCGUUUCUUUUAAAGAAAAUGAGAAAAAGCUACAACCUGUCAAUGUUGUCUGGAUAAAGAAUGGAACAAUCUUGGCUUUAUAUGCAUAUAUGCAUUCAGUAUUGAAAACACAAAAAAGGGAUCGUGAUUGAUUCAGUAAAAUUUCCCUCCUUCGCUUUUGUCAAAGCUAAACUUGUCAGGCCAUGGCUUCAGGGGCAGGCAAAUCAGCAGCCUUUAUGCUUUUGGUCCUUAAUGUUUUCCUUUACUUCAUUGUUAUUGUAAUUUCUGGCUGGGCUGUCAAUCAUGCCAUAGUGAGAUCUCCAGAAACAGCAUCAAGUUUGUCAAUCCCAGCUAAGAUUUUUCCUAUAUUCUUUCCUUUUGGGAACAUGGCAACUGGUUUUCUCAUCAUAUUCUCACUUAUUGCUGGAGUCGUGGGCUUCAGUACCUCACUCACUGGAAUUCACAACGUGAUACAAUGGAAUGCACCCAAUUUACAUGCAGCUGCUUUCUCUUCUCUCACCACUUGGCUACUCACAUUACUCGCUAUGGGGUUGGCUUGUAAGGAGAUUGAUAUGGGGUGGACUGACUCAAAUUUGAGAACAUUGGAGACCAUAUUGAUAAUAUUGGGCGGGACACAAAUGUUUUGCACUGUUGCAAUUCAUGCUGGAAUUGAAGAUGUUGCUACCAGAGAUAUUUAAGCAGAUGAAGAAUUUGAGAACUUUCAAAAUUUAUUAAUGUCCUUUACUUUUUCAUUCCCUCUCAUAUUACUCAUUUUUAAGUUUCAACGUGUGUAUAUAAUAUAUAUUGAUUUUUUUUUGGUCCUUUUGUAAAUGGACUUUGUAAAGAUGCGUUAUAUGGUAACUGGUGUUCUUUGUCUCGAGCAGAUUGAA